GUUGAGAAAACAUUGACCAAAAUCGGGUUUAGGGUUCUAUUUUAACCAUUUUAUAAAACAUAGGGUCUAAAAAGUAAUUUGUCAAAACACAGGGUCCAAACAGGUAAUGAGACAAAACAUAGGGUCCAAAAAUGUAUAAAUCCUUAAAAUAAUAUACAAAUUUAAAGUACUUAAUAUAUGAUAUAAUCUAACUCGAAAUCAACUAUGCAUAACCAUGUACUAAAAUUGAAGUUUUAUUUUGGUAAAAUGCAGUGUUACACACAGGAUUCAAAUUUAUAGUUGGGACACCAUUUGUAGUUGCCUUUGUAAUCUAUAAAUGGCGACGACGUCAUUUAUCAACAUAUGAUUCUAUCGAAGAGUUCCUUCACAAUCAAAAUAAUUUCACUCCUAUAAGAUACUCAUUCAGUGAGAUAAAAAAGAUGACCCAAAACUUCAAAAACAAAUUAGGAGAAGGAGGUUAUGGCUCUGUAUUCGAAGGAAAGCUUCGUAGUGGUCGUACUGUAGCAGUUAAGGUAUUGAGUAAAUCAAAGGGAAAUGGACAGGAUUUCAUUAAUGAAAUAGCUACAAUUGGAAGAAUUCACCAUGUUAAUGUGGUUCAUUUGAUUGGUUUUUGUGUCCACUCUUCAAAGAAUGCUCUUGUAUAUGAUUUCAUGUCUAAUGGAUCAUUGGAAAAAUAUAUUUUUUCUCAAGGAAUUACCAUUUUAAGUUGCAAGCAAAUUUUUGAAAUUUCGCUUGGUGUGGCACGUGGGAUUGAAUACAUGCACAAAGGAUGUUACAUGCAAAUCUUGCACUUUGAUAUUAAACCUCACAACAUUCUUUUGGAUGAAAAUUUUAUUCCAAAAGUUUCUGAUUUUGGAUUAGCAAGAUUAUGCCCAUUGGAUAAUAAUAAUGUAUCCUUAACUGCAGCAAGAGGAACUUUAGGAUACAUAGCGCCAGAGCUAUUUUACAAAAACAUUGGAGGAGUUUCUAAUAAAGCUGAUGUGUAUAGUUUUGGAAUGUUGUUGAUGGAAAUGGCAAGUAAAAGAAAAAAUUUAAAUGCGAUCGAAAAUACUAGCCAGAUUUACUUUCCUUCAUGGGUGCAUGACCAAUUAAGUAAAGAAAAAAGUAUAGAAAUGAAAACAUCUGAUACAGAAGAGGUCGAUUCAAGAAUUGCAAAGAAGAUGAUUAUAGUAGCAUUAUGGUGCAUACAACUGAAGCCAAGUGAUCGUCCUACAAUGAACAAAGUUAUUGAAAUGCUUGAAGGAGAAGUUGAAUGUCUACAAAUGCCUCCAAAGCCUUCCUUGUAUCAACUAGAGAAGCCUACUGAGCAUGUUCAAGAGACAUCAUAUUCACAACACUCAACAAUACCAUCAUUAAUGCUACCAAGAUAGGUAUGGCCCCAAAUCCAAACGAUUGACAUUUGUAAUUUUUGUAUUUUGUUAAAAUACUUAACAUUAUUGGUUUUGAUUUUUGUAAUAUCAAAAUAUAAUUAUAUGUUAAACAAUGUAUGAAAAAACUUUGUUUGAUGAUUUAUAAUUAUAGAUUCAAGUAUCAAAC